CAGCCACACCCGGACUCCAGCAGCGCCCAGCAGCAGCAAGCAGCGCCCAGCAGCGACCCCGCAACACCAGCAUCGACGGCGCACCAGCCACACCUGCACACUUCGACCUCACGCCGCCGCGACCCCUCCAGCAACCGCCCCAACCACCUCCAGACGCUGCAACCCCGUCAUCCGCGCGCACCACCCCGCCCACCGCACCACCCAUCGCGCCUCGCACGCCGCGCCCACCCGCACCCGCACCCACACCCGCACCCCCCCUCCCCUCGCCAUGUCGUGGACCGGCUUCAAGAAGGGCGUCAACCGCGCGACGACGCAGGUGCUCAUGAAGACGGGCCAGGUCGAGCGCACCAACGACCGCGACUUCGAGACGGAGCAGCGGCGCUACCGCACCAUGGAGACAGCCGCCAACAAGCUGCAGAAGGAGGCCAAGGGCUACCUCGACUCGCUGCGUGCCAUGACGGCGUCGCAGAUGCGCAUCGCCGAGACCAUCGACGCCUUCUACGGCGACGCCGGCACCAAGGACGGCGUCUCGCGCUCGUACAAGCAGGCCGUCACCGAUCUCGACGCCGAGACCAUCAAGGCCCUCGACGGGCCCUACCGCACCACCGUGCUCGACCCCAUCCAGCGCUUCUGCAGCUACUUCCCCGACAUCAACGCCUGCAUCACCAAGCGCGAGCACAAGCAGAUGGACUACGACCGCAUGCGCGCCCAGGUCAAGAAGCUGACCGACAAGCCCGACAAGGACGUCACCAAGCUGCCGCGUGCCGAGAAGGACGAGCAGCUGGCCAAGGCCGCCUACGACCAGCUGAACGAGACCUUAACUACUGAGCUGCCGCAGCUCAUCGACCUGCGUGUGCCCUACCUCGACCCCAGCUUCGAGGCCCUGGUCAAGAUCCAGCUGCGCUUCUGCGCCGAGGCAUACUCGCGCAUGGCCCAGGUCCAGCAGUACCUCGACGCCAACACAAGAGACCAAUAUGCCCAGGGCGAGCUGGACGCCCGUGUCGAAGAGGUGCUGCAGGAAAUUCGGGACCUGAGCAUCGCAGGCACCGUCUGAGCCUGGGCGGUGAAUGGCAUGGCACGGCGUUAUAUAUUCUAAACAUCUCUCAUAACACA